AUUCCUCAGCCCAGCAACCAGCUCUGAAGUCUCUUGGAUUACAAAAGGAGGAGAAGGGCAAGAAGUUUCCUUUGCUCCAGCAGUGCUAGAAGGACUGAGCUUCAGGGCGGAUCCCAGAGGCCCCAACCUAGGAACCCACCAAGCCUCCUCUUUCAAAGCUUCGGGGAGCUCCAUCGUUCUGGGGGAAAGAUGGCCAGCGGAGGUUUGCAGAUGCUGGGCUUCGUUCUGGCGUUCAUCGGCUGGAUCGGUAUCGUCGUGAGCACGGCCAUGCCCCAGUGGAAAAUCUCCUCCUAUGCCGGAGACAACAUUGUGACAGCCCAAGCCAUCUACGAGGGCCUGUGGAUGUCCUGUGUCAUGCAGAGCACGGGGCAGAUGCAGUGCAAAGUGUACGACUCCCUCCUCAAACUGGAAGGCAGUCUUCAGGCCACCCGGGCCUUGAUGGUGGCGAGCAUCCUCCUGGGCAUCAUUGCGUCUUUCGUUGCGAUGAUCGGAAUGAAGUGCAUGAAGUGCAUGGAAAGCGAUGAACCCAAGAAGAUGUUGAUGGCUGUGAUUGGCGGCAUCGUCUUCUUGGUCUCAGGAUUUGCAGCCUUGGUGGCCACAUCUUGGUAUGGAAACCGCGUGGCUCGGGACUUCUUCAACCCUUAUACACCAGUCAACACCAGAUUUGAAUUUGGGCAAGCUCUCUUCAUUGGCUGGGCAGCCGCUUCUCUGACCAUCUUGGGAGGGGCCUUCCUGUGCUGUUCUUGUCCACGAAGGGAGACCUCCUACCCACCGUCCCGGCCGUACCCAAAGAGCGCCCCCUCUGGAGGAAAAGAUUACGUAUAAUACCAAACGGAGACGGAGUUUGAGCCACUUCCUUGGCACUGAAGAAGGAACCCCAAGGGAUGGCGCCUUCCUGCCUUCCCUCCCGGAGCAGAGCAGACAGCUUUGGCCCCCGGCUCUCCCUUUCGUAAAAGAAAUGUGUAUAUUUAUAUAUAUAAGGGGUGUGUGUAUGUGUGUGUACGUGUGGUGUGUGCAUUGUGUAUGUUAUAUAACCACCGCUGAUCCGGGUUGUAUGAUUCUUCCUUGCCCUUCUGUUUGAUAAGGAAGCCCAGCCCCGGGCAUGUAGAUAGUCGCUACGCAAUAUCAGCAAGGAAUCCAGACUUAAGGGAAAUUUCACUUUGGUUGGGAGUACAGAAGAAGCAACUAAGUUGUGUUUUCUCGGCUCCUCCUCUUCCCAAAGAGGGCUGUACUGCCGACUUCCUUGUCACCCAAGUCCCUUUGUACAUAUUCCUUUAUAAAAGCACUAGAAGAUGUUUGUGUUGUGCAGGAGGCCAGGCGUGUCCAAUCAGAGACAAGGCUUUUAGAGGGGGCAUCUGUUCCUCUCUUCUCGGUAUGCAGACAAAUCAGGAAAAAAAAUUAACUGUAGAGCACAGGAUGGGACCAUACCGAUUCUUCACAGACCUGGAGCUUUCAAGCUUCCAGAAAAAACCCAGUGAAGGAGGUCCCAAAGCUCCUGCUGCAGAAAAAAAGCCCAAACCCAAACACACUUUUCUUAGGGCCAGACACUGAGAAAAACUUCACUUGAACGAGGAUUGAGGUUUAUAGGCCAACUCAGCUAGGGUUGUACUCGCUGAAAAACGUGGUUUACAAAUCUGUAAAAUGACAUGACAGUCAGUCCGGGAAGAUCAAUCAGAGGAGAUAAAGAAUGGAGUUGAUGGCCUUGGUAGGCCAUAAAUCAAAACCCUUUGAUCCGGUCUCUACAGCAUCCACCACACUGUGGGAUCUAAAGAGCCACCUAGUCAACAUGCAAGCCAAUGCAGUCAUGUACGUAUAUACUAGAAUUGGUUUACUCUUUUACCAAUGUUGUGAAUGUCUAGAGAGCCUUCAAAAAUUCUCUAGGUGCUACAUUGGAGAGACCUAACUUGGACUUUCCAUUGAUAGUAUCAGCACACAAUAAAUGGAAGUAUUUCCCACCUUCCCUACCCCUGAACUGAGUUGGCGCUGGUGUGAAUAUUUGAGGCCCGGAUUCAGUUAUCCGCACUGCUAUGAACCCCACUGGGCCUCUUUGGGGAAGUCACUUUGCUUUCAGUCAAACUCGCCUCCCUUUGCAAAAAUCAGGUUGCAGAUCAGACCAAGUCUAUGCCCAGAAAAACCUGAGGGGGGAAGAUUUUUCUAUGGGGAACUUGUAUAAAGUGUUAAGCAUUUUCAAUAAAAGUAAUCUUUUUAUAAAGAAAUCAUG